UGUUUUCAUUAGAAUUAUUUGCAUACAGUUAUGUUAUUUGUGAGUAUAUUAUUCUAUCAAAAAGUGUUUGCUUGCUAAAAUGCAUAGCUCCAAAGUCGUGGCCACAUUGCGCGCCGAUGGCAGUGUAGCGAUGGACACACUGCCUGCCAACCACCAGCAGUCCAACCUGCUGCAUUAUGAAAUUCGUACAGAAAGUGAACUAUUGUUAAAGAAGAGCAGUGCGCUUGGUGCAACGACAGUCGUAGAUUUGGGCAAACAGCUGCUGCAAUGUGCACGAGACAGCGAUGUGGCCGGUGUGAAGGCUGCGCUGGCACAUGGAGCGCCAUUUGCGUCAGACUGGCUGGGUAUGUCGGCGCUACAUUUUGCUGCCAUGAACAAUCAACUGGAAAUAUGCGAAAUUCUACUGCAAGGAGGCAUCAAUAUGGAUGCGAAAACAAAAGUUGAUCGUACACCUUUGCAUUUAGCGUGUUACUAUGGACAUGAACGCAUUGUUAGUCUGUUAUUAGCAUUGAAAUGUGCCGUAAACUCUCGUGAUAUGCUGCGCAUGACACCCUUGCACUGGGCUGUAGAAAGGAAGCAUAAAACCAUUGCGCGGAUGUUGCUCAAAUGUCACGCAGAUGUCACGUUGGUCUCGAAAUUUGGGAAAACCCCAAUUGCACUGGCCGUGUUGACAGAACAGGCUGAUAUAUUAUCAGAACUGGAAGAAGCACGCAAAACGCAAGCUUUUCGAAAAUUUAGCGAAGAGACGGAGGUGCAAACUCACAUUAUUAAAAAAGAAACCAGUGAAGCAGUUAACUCCAUUAUGGACGAUUCUAAAAUUGCAAGAUCUUCAGACGAUGCGGAUAUGUCCGUUGAAGAUAAAAUGGAUGUCUUGGAAAACUUGCGUGGUCGCACAAACAUGCUGGGGAAUUCAGCAUCACUGAAAAUGCUCAAAUCACAUGGCAUAGCCGAUAUGAUGCAGGACAAUCAAAUAGACGAUGAAGCUUCAAAGAAAAUGCUGAACACGGCACUUCGUAAUGGACGACAGCUUGUGCUUUCUGAAGGUGGACGAAUGCUGUUGCACGAAACAAAUCGAAGCUCAAAGCCUAGUACAAAUGGAGUUGUUGCAGGCAAUAGUCUAAGAAAAACCGUUCUGGGCGGUCACCAUAACCCCUCACCGCCAAAAAUUAGAAUGAAUGUAAUUAAGCAAAAAGAAUCACCAACGGGUCAUGCAGGCGGUAUAACAAAAAACAAGAAUAUAAGAAUAAUCUCCUUGACUGAUUUCAAAAAACUUUGCGAUCACCCCAAGUCUAUUCAAAAGAUACCUGCCACCUUAGCAAGCUCUGGAGUGGUACGUCAACUGGCCGAUGGCACAAAAUUAGUGAAUAUGCGACAACUCCAGUCUCGCCAGCUUAAGCUGCCUUCAUUAAACAGACCGUUGGAAGGCGUUUCUCUCGAUGAUGAAACUAUAUCUGUAAAAGCAAUACACAAUCCUGCGGCAUCGAGCAGUUUACGUGGGCAAGUAGGCACAGUACAAACGAUUCAGCUGCGACCAUCGACCGUAGCCGGAACUGCUGUCGCAGCUUCAAUUAAUGGGGUAGCAACAAAUUCUGGCCACGCCACACAGCGUCCGGGUUCGCGUAGCGUGAAUGAAACAAAUGCUAAUCCAUCGAAAAGUGUAAGCGCUAUGCCACUGCUAACUUCCUCAGAGAUUUGUCGACAGCUCCAUGAGCUGCGACGGCAGAAUGAGGAUCUACGCCGUAGAGUAGAGGUACUUCAGAAAGAAAAAGAAGCUAUGUUGACUCGCGUGGACCGACUAGAGCAAUUGGUAUUGGCCCGAGAUACUGACGACGCCGAGAUGCAAUUUGUGGACAUAUAGUUACAUUUGUUUAAUUUUAAUAUUUACUGUAAAUACGCAAAGCAUAACAAUACUUAAGUACGACUAACUAACUACAUAUGUAAUUUUAAGUUACAGCCUAAGAAGGUAUUUAAUUUUUGCGUUCCGACUGCUUCCGAUCACGUUGGCCUAUAAUGUAUAAUACAUACAUAUACAAACAUACAUACAUAUAUAUAGAGUUAAGAAAAUAGGAAUAACUAAGUAAAAUGUUCAAGUUUUAAUGUUACGUAUAUAAUAGAUUUUAAAGAGCCAUGCAUUUACUAAAAAUGCAUAAUAUGUAAACGGUUUUUAUAUUU